GCCGCCGAAUUGUCACACACUAUACUUUAGUCUGGAGUAAUUAUGAUAUCUUUAGGACGCGCCAUGGCCGGAGCUACUUCUGCACUGUCGUCUUCGUCGUCCCUGGCUCCCAAAAACCCGCUCUCAAUCUCUUCUAGUUCAAAGCUAUUUAAGGAAGUUUUCUUCAGAAAUCGCCUCUCUUUAUCUCACACAACACGGCUCGAUGCUAACCUUCGCUGCUUCGCUUCCGCAGCCUCUGGUAUCUCUCCAAUCGAAACUAAGGGCAAAAUUCGAGUUCAAAAUCCUAUCGUUGAAAUGGACGGUGAUGAAAUGACGAGAGUAAUAUGGAAUAUGAUCAAAGAUAAGCUUAUAUUUCCCCAUCUAGAGUUAGAUAUAAAGUAUUAUGAUUUGGGAAUACUAAACCGUGACGCCACUGAUGACAAAGUUACAGUAGAAAGUGCUGAAGCUACUCUCAAGUAUAAUGUUGCUAUCAAAUGUGCAACAAUUACUCCGGAUGAGACCAGAGUCAAGGAAUUUGGACUGAAGUCCAUGUGGAAGAGUCCUAAUGGCACAAUACGAAACAUUUUGGAUGGUACUGUUUUCCGAGAGCCUAUCCUUUGUAAAAACAUUCCCAGACUUGUUCCUGGUUGGAACAAGCCCAUUUGUAUUGGCAGGCAUGCCUUUGGUGAUCAAUACCGUGCUACUGAUACCAUCAUUAAAGGAGCAGGAAAGCUCAAAAUGGUUUUUUUUCCAGAAAAUGGGGAAGCACCGGUGGAGCUCAAUGUCUAUGAUUUCAAAGGCCCUGGGGUUGCCCUUGCUAUGUACAAUGUCGAUCAGUCAAUUCGUGCAUUUGCUGAAUCAUCAAUGUCAAUGGCGUUUUCAAAGAAAUGGCCCCUUUACUUGAGCACAAAAAAUACAAUUCUGAAGAAGUAUGAUGGAAGGUUCAAGGACAUCUUUGAAGAGGUAUAUCAGGAGAAAUGGAAGGCAAAGUUUGAGGAACAUUCAAUAUGGUAUGAGCAUCGAUUGAUAGAUGACAUGGUAGCAUAUGCAGUAAAAAGUGAUGGUGGCUAUGUAUGGGCCUGCAAAAAUUAUGACGGAGAUGUGCAAAGUGAUUUACUUGCACAAGGUUUUGGUUCUCUGGGUCUAAUGACUUCUGUUUUGUUAUCCUCUGAUGGCAAGACUUUAGAAUCUGAAGCGGCUCAUGGAACUGUGACUCGUCACUUUAGACUGCAUCAAAAGGGACAAGAAACCAGCACAAAUAGUAUAGCAUCCAUUUUUGCAUGGACUAGAGGACUGGGACAUAGGGCUAAGCUUGAUGAGAACAAGAAAUUGAUGGAUUUUGUUCAAAACCUAGAGACUGCUUGCAUAGAGACAGUAGAGUCAGGAAAGAUGACCAAGGAUCUUGCAUUAUUGAUUCACGGAGCCAAGGUAUCAAGAGAGUUGUACUUGAACACUGAGGAGUUUAUUGAUGCUGUAGCACAAAACCUCAGGUCAAAGAUGGGUGCUGUCGUACUUGCAUAAAAUAAGUUACAAAUCCCUAAGUAAUACCGAAACGUGAAAUGUGAGAAACGUUAUUAUAAAUUUUCCUAGUAACAUUUUACACUGAUAUACCAUGUUUUGGUUUCAAUUUUGGAAUUUCCAAUUCCAAUAAUUUAUGAGUUUCAACUGGAGUUGAGCUACUCUUUUUUUUUCUCACUAGAUGAAAGUGCUUUAGAGCUUGAGUUGGUUGAAUUUAUUGAAACUGAUGAAGCUAGUUGAAA